CCGCUGGAGAACGCCAACCCCCUCAUCUACCGCCGCUCGGGGGAGCGGCCCGUGACGGCGCGGGAGGAGGACGACGAGCUGCCCGACUCCAUCGACGACCGGGAGAUCUUCGAUCUCAUCCGCUCCAUUAACGACCCCGAGCACCCCCUCACCCUGGAGGAGCUCAACGUCGUCGAGCAAGUGCGAGUGAAAGUGAAUGACGCAGAAAGCACGGUGGCGGUGGAGUUCACUCCCACCAUUCCUCACUGCAGCAUGGCGACGUUAAUCGGCCUCUCCAUAAAAGUAAAAUUGAUCAGAUCUCUGCCGGAGAGAUUUAAGCUGGAUGUUCAUAUAACACCAGGAACACAUGCCUCUGAGCAUGCAGUUAAUAAACAGCUUGCUGAUAAAGAACGUGUAGCAGCUGCUUUGGAAAACUCUCACUUGCUGGAAGUGGUGAAUCAGUGUUUGUCUGCCCGAUCAUAAUUGCCCGAUGAGGACACAUUGGUAUUUUGCUAUGUUAAACUCAUUUUGUAUGUAAGUGGUGAUGCUGCUGUUACACUAUACAUGUAUCUAUGAGCAAAAUAAAAUCACUUGGAUUUUCUUAAAAG